UAAAAUUAGAGACCCAAGUUCCGUUUUCAUCUUGGUUCACGCAUUCUCCUAUUGCCUUUUGCUUCGCCUGGCCUACGCUGAUGGUUCCAAUUUCAAACACAGCGAAGCAAUGAUCAUAUAACACACUUGAUUCAGAGAAAACUGCAACGUCGUUAAGGUUUGAGAGUUUAGCACAAGAAGAUGUCGCUGCGAAUAAAGGCAGUGGUGGAUAAGUUUGUGGAGGAGUUGAAGGAAGCAUUGGAUGCUGAUAUUCAGGAUAGGAUCAUGAAAGACAGAGAGAUGCAGAGUUACAUCCAAGAACGUGAGCGUGAGGUUGCGGAGCGUGAAGCUGCUUGGAAGGCCGAUCUUUCUCGUCGUGAGGCAGAGAUUGCUCGUCAAGAAGCAAGACUGAAGAUGGAAAGAGACAAUCUUGAGAAAGAGAAAAGUGUGUUAAUGGGAACUGCAUCAAAUCAAGAUAACCAAGAUGGAGCUCUUGAAAUUACAGUGAGUGGUGAAAAGUACCGUUGCCUCAGAUUUACCAAGGCAAAAAAAUAACAACAAAGAAAACAUCCCAAGCAAAACAAGGCUAAUCCUGCUGAGGACUCAUGCAAUUCUAAGCUCAAUUAGUAUACCUCUUGGAACGUUUAUUGAAACUUAACUGUUUAUUAUGAUGUCAGAUUCAAAUUUAGUGUUGUUACUCGAUCGAUCAAUUCUUUGUAUAAAUUUGUUUGUGUUGAUUUGUUUAGCUGAAAAUAUGUUUUUGGGAAUUA